AUGAAGAACCUUCAACAGUUAAAUCUUAGUAGGAACAAUUUUGAAGGAUUCCUUUCCCCAUGUCUCCAAAAUCUGACAUCCCUAACGACAUUAUUUCUAUCCCAUAACCAAUUCAGAGGAAACAUCCCAUCAUCUCUCAUAACCAGCCUUACAUCACUUGAACACAUUUCUUUGAGCUAUAAUGAUUUUGAGGGCACAUUCACAUUCAACACCUUUGCCAACAAUUCAAAACUUGAGUCAAUCGAGCUUCAGAGUGCUGGCGAAAAAUUAGAGGUUGAAGCAGAUUAUCCCCAUUGGAUUCCUCCUUUCCAACUGAGGGCACUCCUGUUAUCGAAUUGCAAGCUUAACAAGAACACAAAUUCAAUUCCUGGAUUUCUCUCCAACCAAUACAACUUGGCACUCAUUGAUCUCUCCAAUAACAACUUGAUGGGAAUGUUCCCCACUUGGUUGCUUGAGAACAAUAAAAUGCUAGAAGGUUUAAUUCUAAGAAACAACUCAUUAAGAGGACAUUUUCACUUAUCGUUUUAUAUGCAUAGGGCUGUAGCUGUCGACAUUUCAAACAAUUACAUUGAUGGACAUCUUGAAGCAAAUAUUGGUAAAAUGUUACCAAAUAUACAGUACUUGAAUUUGUCAUAUAAUUAUUUUAAGGGUGGCAUUCCUCCGUCAAUUGGUGAAAUGAAACAGCUAGAGAGUUUGGAUUUGUCUUAUAAUAAUUUCUCAGGUGAAAUACCCUAUAACAUGGCCGUAGGUUGUUUUAAUUUAUUUUUCUUAAGGCUUUCAUAUAAUAGUUUAAUCUAUCUACAUUUGGAUGGAAAUGAAUUCACAUGGUUACCAUCAGUUGAAUUUGUCAACAAUUCGAAUCUGCAGACAUUGGACAUAGGAGAUAAUAACCUAUAUGGUAGUAUUCCUUAUUGGAUAGGUGAGCUAUCAAAUUUGAGAAUUCUUCUUGUUGAACAGAAUCAUUUAGGUGGUAAAGUACCAGAAAACUUGUGCCAAUUGGCAGGGAUAAGCUUAAUGGAUCUUUCCCAUAACAGACUUUCUGGACCAAUACCCCGAUGUCUCAAUAACAUCACAUUUGGGAGGAUAAGAGGCACACAGGCACCUUAUUCUGGGUAUUACCCCAUCUCUGAAUUCUAUUUCCAUUCAAAUUUAAACUUGGAUGAGGAUUUUGUAAGUUGGGAAUAUUAUGCAGUAAAUGAAGUAUUCAUUACAAAAAGUAGGUCUAAUUCCUAUCAGGGUAAGAUCCUCCAAAUUAUGUUUGGGUUGGAUUUAUCUUGCAACAACCUUAUAGGUGAGAUCCCAUAUGAAAUAGGGGACUUCAAUGAAAUUCGAUCAUUAAAUUUGUCACACAAUCAAUUAACAGGAUCCAUCCCAGUAACUUUUUCAAACCUAACACAAGUAGAGAGCUUAGAUCUUUCCUACAACAACCUGAGUGGGGAAAUCCCAUCACAGCUGGUCACACUAAAUACUCUGGCGGUUUUCAGCGUGGCACACAACAAUUUAUCUGGCAGGACACCGGACAUGAAAGGACAAUUUUCGACGUUCAGUGCCACAAGUUAUGAGGGAAACCCCUUUCUUUGUGGUCCACCAUUACCAAGAACCUGUUCAGCUUCCGGUGUACAAUCAACCAGCACACCCACAGCAACUUCAAAUGGUGUCGAGAAGGAGGAUGAUAUCGACAUGAACAUCUUCAUUGUUGUGCACAUCCACUUCAUGUGUAAGAUGGACACUGGAUGCCCUGGCUGA